AUGACGCGCCAAUAUCGUCGUGUUGCAGUCAUAGGAGCCGGUCCUGCUGGCGCCAUUGCCACGGAUGCUCUUGCAAAAGAGCAGGCUUUUGACACGAUUCGUGUUUUCGACCGCCGCAGCGGCAUAGGGGGCACUUGGAUCCAUACACCGCAUCUGCCGGCCUCGAUUCCCUCCUUGGAGGAGAUCCUGAAUGGAACUGCAGACAAGACGAUUGUCGUUCCAGAGAUUCUGCCGACAGUCACUCCGGUGUCUGAGGAAGUCAACAGCCACCAGCUCCGGUUCUCGGACACGGCCAUCCAUGAAAACUUGCACAGUAACAUUACGCCCGAGAUCAUGUCGUUUUCCACCUACCCCUUUCCUGAUACUCUAUCUCCUCGCACUCUAAAGGAAUACGGGCCUCAGGCACCCUUUCGCCACCACACAAUUAUCAGAGACUGGGUUGAGAAUAUCUUCAGAUCCAACGGACAUGAUAAACUGGUGGAGCUCAACACUACGAUUGAGCGCGCCGUUAAACAGGCGGAAGAAUGGAACCUGACUCUUCGGAAAGAAGUCAGCGGGCGCAAUUAUUGGUGGAGAGAGAAAUUUGACGCUCUUGUUGUGGCCAGUGGUCAUUAUAACGUUCCAUGGUUUCCAGAAAUCAAGGGUUUGCUCGAGUGGGAUAAGACAUAUCCUGGCAGCCUGGUGCACAGCAAACAUUUCAAGGGCCCAAAGAAUUUCAAAGGCAAGAGGGUCCUCGUUGUCGGGGGAUCGGUCUCGUCUCAUGAGAUCAUCCACGAGAUCCUCGAUGUAGCUCAAGCACCAGUAUACGCGGCGGUCAGAGGCGAUCCCAUUCCCGCCUUUGGCUGGAUCCCUUUUGAGCAUCCGAGUAUAGAGGUAAGGAAGCAGAUAAGCCGCCUAGACGCGGGGACGGGACGGGUACACUUUGCCGAUGGAUCCCAUCUGGACAAGAUAGACCAUAUUGUCUUUGGGACAGGCUACACUUUCAGCUUCCCCUUUCUGCCGCAUGUUCAGCAGCGUAUAAGCAAAGCCUACCGACGACUUCCGGGUGUCUGGCAGCAUACAUGGGAUAUCGAGGAUCCAUCUUUGGCUUUUAUUGGCAUGCUUGGUGGGGGGUUCACCUUUCGUGCCUAUGAAUACCAGGCAGUGGCUGUUGCUAGACAUCUGGCUGGCCGGGCACGACAUUCUCUGCCGCCCAUUUCCGAGCAGUUGGAGUGGGAACGUGCUCGAGUUGCAGAAAAGAAGGGCGGUAAGGAUUACUACUCCAUUGCUCCUAACUAUAAGGAGUUUUUUGACUUCUUACGUGGUUUUGCUGGCGAUCCUGUCGAAGGCACAACGGGACGAAAGCUGGAACCAUUCGGGAAAGAAUGGCUCGGUCUGUGGAGUGGAAUGGUCAAUCACCGAAUCGGCGCUUGGACAAGAAAGAAGAAGAGGGCCGAGGAUCAAUUGGGUCUAGACAAUAUCAAAGCAAAGCUAUAG